AUUAGGGAGGUGAAAACAUAAAAUGAAUACCAUGAAAAUCAUUACAGCUAUGGUUAUUCUAGGCUGCCUGCUUGUUGUAGAGGUGAAAGGCCAGGCUAGAGUUCCGAAGGGCAGGUGUUUUUGUGCUGACAAAGGUGUGAACAUGGUUCCUCCAAAACUGAUUGAGAAGGUUGAAAUCAUUCCACCAAGUCCCUCUUGUAAAACCCAGGAGAUUGUUGUUACUCUGAAAAAUAGUACAGAGCAGAAAUGCUUGAAUCCAGAAUCUAAAUUCAUGCAGAAAUACAUCAUGAAGGCUAUUGAAAAGAGGAGCCUGUAGAAGAAAUAGCCUGCAAAUGAAUCCAUAUGAGCUAUUGUGAAGUGAAGAACAUAUAUCAGCACCCUACAAUCAGUAACCAACAUCCUUCAGACAAAUCUUGAACUGAAAUUUUUAAUGUAAAUCUUUCCUUAAUGUUUGCUUAACGUAAAUCUUUUUUUUUUCUGAUAAACAUGAUCAUUAAUAACUGUUGUACAUUUUAAAAUAGUAACGCAAA